AGAAGGAGAAAGAGAGAGUUUAAAGUUGAAGACAACAACAACAAGCAACUCCUCAAUCAGUGGGACAAUGCAUGCGUAGUUCCACCUAUAAUUCAUAUUACUGCUGCUCAGAAAAAAGAGGGAGGGUAAAAAAGAAGAGUUAUACACACUGAUUCAAAAAAGCUAAGCAGUGGGGAGCUGUAAAAACAGUGGACAGAAGGUAACACACACAAAAAAAAUCUGAUUUUGAAAAAUCCUGCAAAUGUAAAACAACCAGGGGAAGAAUUCUAUCAUCUUCAGAAAGUGCCUCUAUGCCGUCAUGCCCAUCCCCAUGGCAACAAGGACAAUAAUGAUGCUGGCUGUCAUCUUGAUGUUUUUGGCUUCGUCGCAUGCGAUGAGCAAUGAGCUGGAAGAUUAUGGCACCUGGAACUAUAGAGAAGGAGCGGAGCACGUGAACGUGGCUAAUGUUAGGAGUGUAACAAGAGUGCUGGACAGUUGGGGCAAGCGCAUCUUUAACGAGAUCAAGACGCUGCUGCACUCCCAGCCCAAUACUCUCCUGCCUGACUACUCAAGAGUAAGUCCUCUCUCCGAGUCUCUCAAUGAUCUCUUCAGAGAAGUCUCCCACUUACAAAGGCGCAUCACAGACCUCAACAAUCGCCUAGCAACCUUGGAACCCUUUCUCCGUCGUCAUGGCUACCAUGAGGAAGACAAGGAUGCCACCAAAGUGCCCCCCCAGAGCCUAAAAGCUGUAGGAACAAGUCUGGCACAGUACCCACGCCAGCACAGGGUUCGAGUGGCCGGGCCCAUGAACAGGGUGGCUCGAACCAGGAGAGUGAGGUUGUACAAGGAUAAAAACGGGAAGGUCAAAGUCAGGGAGAUAGGAACAUAGAAAGGAAACAGAAAUAUAUGUUCUAGAUGAAGACGUAUAAAGAUAUCAAUAUUUUUAAAAAGAUAAUAAUAAUAUUCAGAUCUUAUUUGUGAUGCAUCGAGUAUAAUCAGAAUCUUGUCCAAGGUGAAUCGUCAUUCUUAUAUCAACCUGCUUUACGUACAACAUAUAAAUUAUACAGUAAUAUACUCUUUCUGCUGGCUGCACUAGUGUCAGUUUAGAUCUCAAAGGUCCAAUCAGAGUUCUCAGGCAGAGGAAACUUUAAGAGGCUUUCACUGGACUGUAACUAACACCUUCGGCAUGGAAAACUUUGCCUAGCUUGUUACCAGUCCCCUGGUGAUCUACUUCUUUCACCAAGUUAGUUUUAAAAGCCUCAGAGGAAAUUCAUGUUUUAUAUUUGAAGUUUGUACUUUUGAGAUGAGGACAGAAGCUAAUACACGAGUGUGAGAAUUAAGCUGAAUAAACCGCUUCUCAAUAAACAUGUGCAGAAACACUCCGUGAUCUUAA